CUUCUAGCUAGAUGAACACGCUUUGCCGUUUUUAUGCAUCAUCCAAUUCCUCUCUUUUGAUCACAACUACUUCUUCCUCCUCCUCUGUAAUCUUAAUGAUUUGCAAUGAUGCGUAGAUCGAGCACUUUGAUGAUCUCCAUUGUUGUAAUUUGUUUAUUAGCCGCUGUUCCUUCGUCAAGCUCUCUGUUCUUCAACUUCUCCAACUUCUAUAACGUCGGCAAUGGAUCCGAUAUCCUCCUCCAAGGCGACGCCCUAAACAGCAACAACUUUAUCGAACUCACCAAGAACACCGGCAGUGAGCUAAACACCGACAGCGUGGGGAGAGCGAGCUACUACAAGGAGCUCCUCCUCUUAUGGGACGCGCAAACCGGCCAACUCACGGAUUUUACAACCCGCUUCGUCUUCAGCAUCGCCGAGCUGAUCAACCCAGCUAUCAUGGAACCCGGCGACGGCCUGGCUUUCUUCCUGUCGGCGCCGCCGUACUUGGUCCCUGUCGAUUCCAACGGCAGGGGCCUCGGCCUCUUCAGCAACGUUGUUCCUCCUCCUCCAACUCCUCCACACUCCACGGUGGCGGUGGAGUUCGAUACUUUUCAGAACAAAGAGUACGGCGAUCCACCUUACAGACAUGUCGGGAUCGACGUCAAUUCGUUGAACUCGACCAAGACAGCGGCGUGGAGCAACGAUUCUGUUGCCGAUAUGGUCGCGUGGGUCAUUUACAAUGGCACCAGUCAUAAUUUAAGUGUGUUCCUCUCGUCCGAGGAUGAUCGAGAGCUCAGUGAUGCUGUUUUGGUACUCAGCGAUACCAUCGACUUGAGAAAAGUCCUGCCGGAAGAAGUAGUCAUUGGCUUCUCGGCGGCAACCGGUGGUUCGGGAGUUGAAACGCACACUAUUCAUUCAUGGUCGUUGGAUUCGACUUUGCAGCCAAGAAAGAAGGGCAAGACUGCGUUGCUCACCUGUUUCGUCGUUGGCGGAGCAAUACUAGUCUUCUUGGUGGCAGCUUCGGGCGCGCUAUGGUUCUUUAAACGUAGGCAGAGGACGAACGGAAAAGAUGAAGAAGAUGACUGGAUGUUCGAUGAAGCAAUGGAUGAUGAGUUCGAAAGAGAGAGAGGACCGAAGAGAUUCGCAUACCCGGAACUCGUCCGCGCCACCAGAGACUUCUCCGACGAAGGGAAGCUCGGCGAAGGAGGCUUCGGGUCGGUCUACAGGGGCGUGCUGAAAGAUCCCAAGCUCGAGGUUGCCAUCAAAAAGGUCUCCAAGGGCUCGAAACAGGGGAGGAAGGAGUACAUGUCGGAGGUCAAGAUCAUAAGCCGGCUUCGCCACCGCAACCUGGUGCAGCUCGUAGGCUGGUGCCACGACCGCCAAGAACUCCUCCUGGUCUACGAGCUGGUGCCCAACGGCAGCCUCGAUUCCUACCUCCAUGGCGGCGCCGCGAAGACGUUGGACUGGGGAGUGCGGCACAGGGUCGCGCUGGGCUUGGCGUCGGCUCUGUUCUAUCUCCACGAGGAGUGGGAGCAGUGCGUGGUGCACCGAGACGUCAAGCCGAGCAACGUCAUGUUGGACUCGACGUUCAGUGCCAAACUCGGGGACUUCGGGCUCGCCAGGCUCCUUGACCACCACGGCGGGCCGCAAACGAUGACGGUUUUGGCCGGCACGAUAGGCUACAUGGCGCCGGAGUACUUCUAUACCGGCAAGGCAAGUAAGGAAUCCGAUGUCUACAGCUUCGGGAUCGUGGCGUUGGAGAUAGCAUGCGGUAGAAGACCAUUAAUGGUGGAGGAGAGCGGCACGGUGGAACUGGCUCGAUGUGUGUGGGAGCUCUACGGGAGGAAGAUGAUUCUCGAGGCGGCGGAUGAGAAUCUAAAGGGCGAAUUUGAUAAAAAACAAAUGGAGUGCUUGAUGGUCGUGGGGUUAUGGUGUGCUCAUCCUGAUCCAAAGCUACGGCCGUCGAUGAAACAGGCCAUUAACGUGCUCAACUUUGAUUCUCCUUGGCCGGAGCUCCCUCCGGCGAUGCCGGUGCCUACUUACGGCCCGGCUCCGUUAUCUGAGUUGACUACUACGAGGCACGAGCACGAGUUCUGAGUCAACUGGAACAGCCUCUGCUUCUGUUUCUGCUUCGGGGGAUUUGUGAAUUGUGACAUGAUAGGUGUUUGACU